AUGCUACAAGUGGACAACCAAGAGCAACAGGGUUUAAACUAUUCUGAUAAUGGGAAUUCAAGGAGCUUUUUGAAGGUGACUUUGGGGAGAGACAUCAAAAGACGUGAACAAGUUAUGGUUGAAAGGACAUCAAGAUGGGAAGGAAAGGAGGAGCAGAAGAAAAUGACAAAACCAGUUGCCAGGGUGGAGGAAGCCAAGGAGAACGUGACUGUGAAACCACCCCCCAGGUUGGAGGGAAUCAAGAUGACAACAGUGAAAACAGCCCCUGGGGUGCAGGGAAUCAAGAAGAAAACAACAGUGAGACCAGUCCCAGGGGUGGAAGAAGACAAGGAAAAGACAACAGUGAAACCACCUCCUCGGGUGGAGGGAGCCAAGCAGAAGGCAACAGUGAAACCAUCCUCUGGGGUGAAGGGAGCUCUUGAAAACAACAUAUCCAAAGACCAAACAAAGCCAAAAGAGCCUCCUGCAUCACUGAAAACUGUAAGACCUAUUGCUCAGGAUGCUGCAGUGACAGAGAGGAAGAAACUGAGAGCUGCUGACUUCAAGUCUGAGCCACGGUGGGAUUUUGAGGACAAGUACCUGCUGGAUAACUCAUCUCCACCAUCGACCUGCUCUGAAUCAGUGAAGGCCAAAGCUGCCAAGUCUGACUGGCUGCGAGAUCUUUUCCUGCCCAACAUCAUGCUCUUCACAGACAAGAGAUACUUCAGUGACAGUGAGUGGAACCGCCUGGAGCAUUUUGCACCUCCAUAUGGCUUCAUGGAGCUGAAUUAUUCACUGGUGAAGGAGGUCAUGUCCCUGCUGCCCCCGAAUCCCCACCAGCAGCUGCUCCUGGCCAACAGCAACAGCAGCAUGCCGACAUGCAUCAGCUGUGCUGUCGUAGGGAAUGGAGGAAUAUUGAAUAACUCUGGGAUGGGCCAGGAGAUUGACUCCCAUGACUACGUCUUCCGGGUGAGUGGAGCUGUAAUCAAAGAUUACGAAAAAGAUGUGGGAACAAAAACCUCCUUUUAUGGAUUCACAGCCUUCUCCCUCGUGUCUUCUCUCCAGAUCUUGGGACACAGAGGGUUCAGCAACAUCCCACGGGGAAAACAUGUCAGAUACAUACACUUCCUGGAAGGAGCUAGAGACUAUGAGUGGCUGAAGGCUCUUCUGCUGAACAAGAACAUCAGGAAAGGAUUCUUGAACCAUUACGGGCAGAGGCCCCGAGAGAGAUUCGACGAAGAUUUCACGAUGGACAAAUACCUGGUAGUUCACCCUGAUUUCCUCAGAUACAUGAAGAACAGGUUUUUAAAAUCUAAAAGUCUGGAAAAGCCCUACUGGCGACUGUACAGACCCACCACGGGGGCCUUCCUGCUGCUGACUGCCCUUCAUCUCUGUGACCGGGUGAGUGCCUAUGGCUACAUCACGGAGGGUCACGAGAAGUACUCGGAUCACUACUAUGACAAGGACUGGAAGCGUCUGAUUUUCUAUACUAACCAUGACUUCAACCUGGAAAAGCAGGUGUGGAAAAAGCUUCAUGAUGAGAAUAUCAUGAAGCUUUACCAGAGAUCCUGA